UUGGAAGGCAGAGCCGCCAAUCCGCCAUUGGUGAUCAAUCCCUAUCAGCGAGUAUGAAUCUUGUGACACGACUUGCUCUGGGUGGCCACCAUGGAUCCAGGCGCCUCUUCACACGCGGUGGCUGUGGUUCCCUCGGCCUACGCCGGCGGUCGAUCCAUCUCGUCCCAAGUUUGGUUCAGCCAAGGGAGCCAUCUGAUGAUGAUUCUCCGUCGGCCACCUCCGCCAAAGAUCCAAGCUGGGUUCUGCUGAAUCCCGGUGGCUGCCGCAGGGUCUUCAGGGAGGACGACGACUCCAUGGCAGACCACAACGAAACCCUGGCGGAGUCCCGCACCUCCACGGGGCAGCACCACUUGCGCGUCUCGUUCCGCCUCACGGCGCCGCCGGCGAUCUCCUUCCUCUGCUACGAUUACGCGGGUACCGUGCCCGAUGACGAGAAGAACCAUGAACUCGCUGUCAUCGCAUCCCACGGCGACUCCAUCCUCUUGCGAUUGAGAAUGACGCGGCGGGAGCGGCGUGACGGCCGCGGUAUGCCGCUCACGUUCGACCAUUUCGUGUACAGGGCAGGCACCGGCACGAGACCGCCGUCGCUGACUCUACUCCCGGAAUUGAGCUUUCCCAGGAAGUACGGCCGCCGCCGCUUCCUCGAAGGAGACACCGGCGUCCUGCGACGAGGAGAGGACGACCUCCUGGUGGCUCAGCUUGACACCGGGCACCACGACGACCGACCGGACCUCGCCAACCUCUGUGUUCUUCGUGUCGGGAGGAGCGAGUGGGAGCACAAGUGUGCAGUCCCCAUCGUUCACGAAGAUGGCGUUGAGCUGAUGGGGACGUUGUCAGGCCCCGACAUGACCAUCCCUGUGGGUGACAGGUUCCUGUGCGGGGUCUGCUUCUAUGUAGGUGUCGUCGUCUGCGACAUGGCGGAAGAGGCGAGCCCUAAGCUGCGGCACGUACGUCUGCCUGUGUACUAUGAUCCGAGCUACUACACCAAUGACCUGCCUCCCCUGACUGAAUCCAAGAGCAUGGGAGCUGCUGGUCCUAGCGCUGUGCGGUUUGUCGCCGUCGAGCCCCGCUGCUGCUGCGGUCGCCAUGGGAGGAGCUCGUGCCCGCGCUCCAGCUUUGCCUUCACGGUGACCACUUGGACACUGACCCUGACGAUGGAUGAGCCAAUGGCAUGGGUGAAGGACGGUGUCCUCGAUUGCGAGGAGCUCUGGGCGAUGCCGGGAUAUGAGGGCCUCCCGCGUGUGCACCUGCAGUCCCCCGUCGUGAGCUUGGACAACCCCGAUGUCGUCUGCUUCAAGGUCGGCGGGAGGCACGGCGGGAACCAAAACGCAUGGAUGAUCGAGGUCGACAUGAGAAGGAAGGUGCUGCUGGCAGCAGUUCAGUGGAAUUCGACCGGCCCGUGGAGAGCACGACAUCUUCAUAUACCGGCAAAAGUUUAGUGAUUUACUGCCAAAACAUGAAAAGGAACCGGGAAUAAGACAUGUUCAGUGUAGUAGGCACUGCAAUGCAUUUUCUUUUGGAAUAUUUGCAGCUUGUUAUUGCCAGAGGUUUAUUCCAUGGCAAAUGGUUACUCUUUGUCGAACUGAAUUCUCUUACUUCAUGUUU